UAGGCAUCGUUCUAAUAAGCGUUGUGCAAGUUUGUAGAGAGCCGCCGGCAGCUGUUUGUUAACAAUACCGACAGCAAUUCCAAUAUAGCUGAAACUGCAUUUCAUACGAUUGUUUCACCUGGUUUCACCAUACGAUAGAGGCGGUUUGCUUCUAAGCACCUUGUUGAAGAUAUUUCAAUAAAUCGCCUGGCAACUCUGUUGGAAUCCUUUCAUGGCAAACAAAUUUGAGACACUUAUAUGCUUUGUUUACAAACGUUAAAUGCAAUGUGUGGAAUCCUAUGUUACAUCUCUAGAACGAACCUCCUCGACAAAGGCGAAACAUUGUUGAAUCAAUGCCAACAUUUGUUACAAAACCGCGGGCCAAACCAUUCAGGACAAUCCUCCAGUACUCCUUCAAUCUUAUUGUAUGGCACUGUUCUGUGGCAGCAAGGUGCUCAGAUUUGCCACCAGCCUGUCGAAAAUGAACGAUUCAGUAUGCUGUUCAAUGGAGAUUUGUUCAUCGAUCGAGAUGAUAUGUUGGAGAGUGACAGCAAAUGGUUAUUUGAGAAAAUUGCAGCUACAAAUACCGUCGAACAAAUAGGUGAACUGUUUAGACUGUUGAAGGGACCGUUUAGCUUUAUACUGUUGGAUAGGCAAUUACAGAGAGUUUACUUUGGAAGGGACAGUAUUGGCCGAAAUUCACUCUUAAUAGGAAUAACAUGUGAAGGAAUGGUAAUAACCAGCGUUAUUGGAAACUACGCUUUGUGUGAGAUAGUCGAGUUGCCCCCUAAUGGUAUAUACUAUGUUGAUGUGGCUGCUCCUAAUUUGGAAAUAAACCUUCUUCCGUGGAAAAUCACCUUAGAAACUUCUCCUUUCGAUUUUACAGCUUUAAAAGACAUUUUCAUUGAUUUAUCCUGGUUCUCAACGGCGAGAACAGAAGUCGGAUUCAAUUACCAUACUCUUCUCAAAAGUAGUAAAAAUUUAUCAAAUGAAGAGAUUUUUAAUUUCUUGUUGAGCAACCAAUUGGUGUCAAGCACAUGUGGGAAGCUAAUAGACAUUUUAUCAAACUCGGUUUAUGAGAGGAUAGCUUGCACACCAAAUUACUGCAAAAAAUGCAUUGAAAUGCACUCACCAUGCCAUCAUUCAAAGGUUGGUGUGCUUUUUUCUGGUGGAAUUGAUUGCACAAUUUUAGCUUUAUUGGCUGAUAAGUUUGUGGAAGAGAACAUACCACUAGAUUUAUUGAAUGUUGCUUUUGAAAAGACAAAAGGGUCCAUCGAUCAUUCAGUAAACGCUAUUAACUGGGAAGUACCUGACAGAGUGACCGGCAGAAGAACAUUGACAGAACUACAACGAUUGCGACCAAAACGUCUGUGGAACUUUGUGGAAAUUAAUGUGACCCGUAGAGAAUUAAACAGUCAGAAGCAACGGAUAAGUGAUUUAGUAUUCCCAUUGAAAUCGGUUCUGGAUGAAUCGUUAGGUGCAGCAUUAUGGUUUGCUUCACGAGGUGAAGGUAUUUCCAAUGGCAAUCAUUACAGCAGCAGUAAUAGAGUACUUCUACUUGGGUCUGGUGCAGAUGAGCUUUUUGGUGGUUACAGUCGACACCGAGCGGCUUUUUAUAGAUACCUCGGAAAUUCACAUUCUGAAUUCACGGACGAACAAAUUCAACAUGCUUUUCAAAAUUUAUCUGAUGAGUUGGACAUUGAUUGGAAUCGAUUACCUAGCAGGAAUUUAGCACGGGAUGAUAGAGUUAUUUGUGACCAUGGUGUGACACCGAGAACUCCAUAUCUGCAGGAAGAUUUCAUAUCAUUUGUUCAAAACAUGCAAGCCUCUCAAAGGUGCUACCAUCCUCUCGGUCCCGGUAUAGGAGAUAAACUCACGUUGCGUCUGUGUGGUUAUAUGCUAGGUUUAGCUACAUGCGCUUCACUACGAAAGCGAGCGUUACAGUUUGGCUCUAGAAUAGCGGACAAAAAACAGAAUGCGAAGGAUGAUUCAACAUUUUUGAACUCCUUAUAACUUUAUGUGCUGUUGACAUAUUUUUAAAAUAAAACGGUUGAUGACACGUUGA